AUGUCACUGAAGUAUGCCAAGGAUCAGCCUCAGGGCUUUACCAAUUAUAUCAGAAGCGUUGCCGUUGUCGGGUUCCACACUGAAGUUGAGCAGGCAAGCGGCCAACUCGGCCGACACAUUGUAGAACGUCUUCUCAAAGUCGGGAAGCAUUCCGUAACUGCUUUGACACGCAAGGGCGGCAACGCUACAUUCCCAGAAUGCGUCAAUGUCGCAGCGGUCGACUACAACGAUGAAGCGUCGCUAGUUUCCGCGCUUAAAGGCCAUGACUCUUUAGUCAUCACACUCGCUUUCACUCCAGAUAUGGGCGAGACACACAACAAGAUUGUACGCGCAGCUGUCACGGCAGGAGUGCAGUACCUCAUACCCAAUGCGUUUACAACGGAUGUUGUGAUGAAUCAUCAGUCUGUUGGGGAUGAGAUCGGCGUAGGUACCUUCAUUCGGAAACUACUAGAAGAUAUCGACUCGAUCGGGCCCAUCUCUUGGACCUUGUUGGUCACAGGGCUCUGGUACGAGUUCAGUGUGGCAAGUCCUCCAGAGUGGCUGGGAUUCGACCUCAAGGGACGCAAGGUCCAGAUGUUUGAUGAUGGCCAGCGCCAUAUCAAUAUGAGCACGUGGCCACAGCUAGGGCGCGCUGUAGCUGCGUUCUUGAGUCUGAAAAAGAUGCUCGACGAUGACAAAGACGUGUCGCCAACACUAGAGCAAUUCCACAAAAUGCCUCUAUACGUUUCGAGUUUUCUUAUCAACCAACGCGAGAUACUAGAUAGUAUCGAGCGUGUCACCAAAACCAUAGACUCGGAUUGGAAUAUCACGUACGAAUCCACCUCCGAUAGGGUUGCUACUGGUAGAGACCAAUUCUCACAGGGCAAUCACCGUGGAAUGGCCAAGGCUUGCUACGCUCGUCUACACUACCCGGGUCGCGAAGCAAUCUAUGAGCACAAAUUGCAUAACGGCGUGCUUGGACUGCAAAGGGAGAACGUCGAUGAUGCGACUGAAGCUGCUCUGGAUUUGCCCCAGCAAGGGUGGUCGCCAGAUGGUCAGUAG